AUGGCCCAAGUUUUCAGCGCGCCGGGAAAAGCGCUUGUGGCUGGAGGAUAUCUCGUUCUAGACCCGGCAUACAAUGCUUACGUGACGGCACUUUCCAGUCGAAUGCACGCGGUCAUUGAAGACUCGACCGUUUCAGACAUCUCUCGCGUGUCGAUCUCGUCUCCUCAGUUUGGCGGCAAAUGGGAGUACCUCAUUGAAGGGUGCCACGUGCGCGAGAGCCAGAAUCAAAACAAUCCGUUCUUGGCGUCGGCAAUCCGCUGUGCUGUGGCGUACGCGGCGCCAUCUGCGCCAUUCUCCGCUACCAUCACUUUGUUCUCGGACCCCGGCUACCACACCCAAGAAAACACCACGCGACACACGCUGGACGGCUGCAAAAAAACGUUUUUGUACCACACUGCCCCCGUCGAGCACGUGCCCAAAACAGGCAUGGGCCUGCUGGCUGGCUUGGUGACCGUGGUGACGGCGGCGUUGCUUGCCCGCCUAACGGGCCGCCCCUUGGCAGAGCUCCGUGAGGUUGUGCACAACGUGGCCCAGGUGGCCCACUGCGCAGCGCAGGGCAAAGUCGGGUCGGGCUUUGACGUGGCGGCUGCCGUUUUCGGCUCCAUUGUUUACCGCCGUUUCCCUCCGUCGACAAUUGCUCCAUUGCUUGAAGCAGACGAUUCCGUGUUCCCCAACCUCAUUAGACAGUGUGCCGAUGCCACGUGGAACUUUGACCACAUUGCAUGCGCUUUGCCUGCGGGAAUCCGCUUGAUUAUGGGAGACGUGAACGGCGGUUCCGAAACGCCAAGGCUUGUGGCGAAAGUGCUCUCGUGGCGUUCUCUGGACGCGGCCAGCGCUGGCGUCUAUUCGAGUUUGGAUGCUGCAAACAACAGCUUUGUGGCAGCAUUGGAACACCUUCACCUGCAGUAUAGGGACGGCGAAAAAGCGUACUGGGAGAACUUUGAACGCAACGUGCAGCCAGUGGCAGCAGCUUUGGGACGCAUCAGAGCCGGUUUGCAACAGCUCACGGCGUCUCUGGGGGCAGAAGUCGAACCACCCGAGCAAACUGUCCUUUUAGACCAGUGCACAGAACUUCCUGGCUGUUUGGGCGGCGUAGUUCCCGGCGCAGGUGGAUACGAUGCCGUGUGUUUGCUAGUGGAAGAGCAGAAGCUCCAGGAGUUUCUGGAAGCGGCGAAAAGUUUGCCUGUGACGUGGUUGGACUUGGCAGAGGAAGCAGAAGGGUUGAUAGAGGGAAAUCCAGCCGACUACGCUGGGCUUCCGAGAUAA